CCACGUAACGUUCUGUUUGUUUCCGUUUAAGAAACGUUUUGCUACAUAAUCGGCUAAAUGAAUUCGCCCCUGCAAAUUUAGAAACACACACACACACACAGCUGUUUACAUGCUUACUGCAACGACAUAGGGCGCACAUACGGAGUAAUAUUUUACACGUUUGCAGAAUGCAUCGAAAUCUGGAAUACAUUUAACACUUUUAGUCUCGAUCUUUGAAUUCUGUCCAGGACUUGUGGGGGUUUUCUGUCGUUAGAUAGGCUACGGAGAUACGAUCACUGCCAAAAAAGAUUCCCAGUGCCAGCAGUCCUGGAGUGUGGCAGGUGAGGAUCAGAGAGAGUGAGGCUGUUGUGAAGACUUGGACAGUAUGAGUUUGGUGGAGAUCAGACAUACGGUUGGGUCCAUGACCCUGUCCUUAUCCAGCACAGACUCCAAGGAGAGGUACUUUGACCGGGUGGACGAGAGUGACCCUGAGUACCUCCGCAGCAGGAACAUGUCACCUGAAAUACAGCAGGACUUCAACAUGAUGGAGCAAAAGAAGAGAGUCACUCAGAUCCUACAGAGUCCAGUGUUUAAGGAUGAGCUGGAAGGACUGGUCCAGGAUCAGAUGACUAAGGGCAGUAAUCCAACAGGGCUGCUGGCUCUUAGGCAAGUAGCUGACCUGAUCAUGGCCAGUUCUGUGGGAGGGACAGGCUCCUUCACAUCUCCUCUCAGCCCAGGGAUGGUCGCCCCAGUCAAUGACCUCUAUGGGGAAGAGUCUCCAUCCUUUACCAAAGGGGAGAAACAGUGUCGCUGUAAGCUAGCCAGUGUCUACAGACUGGUGGACCUUUUCAGCUGGGCCCAUUUCACCAGCUCAUACAUUACUGUCCGGGUUAGCAAAGAACAAGACCAUGUUCUUAUCAUCCCACAAGGGCUCUCUUUCACUGAAGUGACGGCUGGCAGUCUGGUGAAAGUGAACAUGAUUGGUGAUGUUGUCGACCAGGGAUCCACCCAUCUGGAGGUGGACCACUCUGGCUUCAGCCCUCACGCUGCUGUCUAUUCCAUGCGCCCUGACAUCAGGUGUAUCAUACACAUCCACACCUCUGCAACUGCUGCUGUGUCCUCGAUGAAAUGUGGCAUCCUGCCCAUUUCCCAAGAGGCUCUGGUUCUGGGCGAUGUUGCCUACUUCAGUUACCAAGGCUGUCUGGAUGAUCAAGAAGAGAAGGUGGAGUUCCAGAAAGCCCUAGGGCCCACUGCCAAGGUGCUUGUUCUGAGGAACCAUGGCCUGGUUGCUCUGGGGGAGACUAUUGAGGAGGCUUUCCACUACAUUUACCACUCACAGCAAGCUUGUGAAAUCCAGGUCAGUGCUCUGCGGUGCUCUGCAGGGGUAGAGAACCUGGUGCUCCUGGACAGGGAGAGGUUCAAGCCCCUGACCCAUGGAGUGGCUGCUGCUGGGGUCACCGUGGACAGCGAAAUCAAGUGGAAAGUGGGCGAGGCAGAGUUUGAGUCACUCAUGAGGAUGCUGGACAACCUGGGUUACCGUACAGGCUAUACGUACCACCACCCAAUAGUGAGGGAAAAGAUUCGGACCAAAAAUGAUGUGGAGAUUCCUGCCACGGUCUACACUGUCCCUUUGCAGGACAGUGAUCUGGGUCAGAGAAACCCCUUUAACUUCCUGGUGCAGAAACAGCAGAGGGAGAGGGCGCGCUGGCUCAACUCUCCCAACAGCUACCUGAAGGUCAAUGUGCCUGAACGCUCACUCAGUGGAGAGUGUAGCCCCAGAACCAAGACCAUGUGGAUGAAAUCUGAAGAGACCAGCAAUGGCACUGGCACCUCCAUAAAGAUCGAGGACCCCAACCAGUUUGUUCCCCUUAAUACAAACCCCACUGAUGUUCUGGAGAAGAGGAACCGGAUAAGGCAACAGAACACUGUUGAUCACAUGACUCCAGGACCAAAGUCCCAUCUUCUAGCUGGCAUCGUUGUGGACACCAUACCAGGACCAGCCUUUAUCAUUGAGGAUGAGGAGCAGAUUCGCUCUCUUCCUCCCAACCCCUUCAGUGAGCUGACAGAGAAGGUCCUAGAAGAGUAUAAGAGCGUUGUGGAGCGAAGGCAGUUUUGCCAGGAUGAUGCUGAUAUCACAGAUGCAGAUGAGAUGACAACAUUUGACGAUUCCACCAUCUCACUGUCCCUGUCUCCACUCAUGUCUCCUGCCAAAGAGAUCAUACCCAAUGGGAAAGAUUAUAUGGAAGAACGGGAAGAGAAAUUAAACAUCAAAGUAUCCAAGCUCAGUAUAAGCACCACAGAAACGGUUGAAAUAUCCAUAACCUCAGAGAAAUCAGGGGGAGAGGAGACCCCUAACAGCCAAACCAAGUCCCCCAAGAAGAAAAAUAAGUUUUGCACUCCCUCCUUCCUUAAAAUUAAUUUUAAAAAGGAGAAAGCUGAGGCCUAGAGGGAGAGACACUGAAGAAUGACAUGUCAGCUUAUUUGGUAUGAGAUGAGCUCAUGGGAUGAGAUGUGUUCCUUAGAGGAAAUGUAUGAGUCACUAAGAUCUUAAUAGAUCUCCAGCUUUUGGGAAGGAGCAACUGUAACAAUAAGCCUGUUAUUGCAAUCUCCUUAUUACUCAAUCACUUCCUCUGAGGGCUCCACAUAUGAAUAGGGCUCCAGGCAUGAUGGGUUGAACAUGUAGUAUAUCAGCUGCAUUGUUCUUAGUACUGUAGCCAAUUCGCAAUUAUGUAAUACAAAUCAAUUAUAAUAUACUGUGCAGAUACAGAACCUCAUUCUUUAAAAGAUAAAACUCUUACUGAAAUACCACAUUGCCUGCUAUGUAUUUGUGGUCAGAUACUUUUUUCAUUCAGCUCAUCAUUAAACAGUAGGCCAUAGAUGAAGGUGAGACAUAUAAACGUCAUCUAUGUUGUGCAUGACACAAGUCAUUUUUCCAACAAUUGUUUACAGACAGAUUAUUUCACUUAUAAUUCACUGGAUCACAAUUCCAGUGGGUCAGAAGUUUACAUACACUAAGUUGACU